AUGCCGAAUAAUCCCCUCUCAGAAAAAUAUAAUUUUACAUAUACGUUUAACACCGAUGGAUGUCAGCCUUCUAGGUCAAGCAAACUUUCAAUUUGGCCGAUAUUUGCGUGCAUUAAUGAGUUACCUUCGAAAUUGCAAUCAGAGCAUAUGAUCAUGACAGGCUUAUGGGUAAGUAAAAAAGAACCAGAUAUGAUGAUUUUUUUACAACCCUUCGUUGAUCAAGCAAAUAAGUUAUCGGAUGAGGGUGUGGAAUGGAAAUUAGGAGAUCAAUUAAUAAACAGUAAGUUUAUUCCACUAUGUGCUGUGACAGACUCCGUUGCAAGAUGUAAAAUAUUGAAUAUGAAGCAAUACAAUGGGACUUAUGGCUGUACAUUUUGCGAGCAUCAGACGGAGCGAGUUGACAAUAAUCGAAAAUUCCCGAUAUCUACUUAUGUUCCGAAGCUUCGUACAGAUGAAUCUAUAAAAUCUUGUAUGGUAAAAGCAGGCGAGAGUAAAUAUGGUAAAGAUAUAAUAGGUGUAUGGGGGCCAUCACCAUUGAUGAAUUUAAAAUAUUUUGAUUUAGUGGAUGGAAUGUCACCAGAUUAUAUGCAUGCAAUCUUACUAGGUGUAAUAAAGCAGCAUACUGAAAUAUUGCUAUCAUCAUUCGGUGAAGAAUACUAUGUUGGUAAUCCUAACCAACUCGAAGUAAUUAAUACUCAACUUUUGGAUUUUAAACAUCCUAGUUGUAUAACACGUUCACCAAGGCCAUUAUCCGAAAGAGAUAUGUGGAAAGCUACGGAAUGGCGAUCAUGGCUUUUAUUUUAUUCUUUGAUAUGCUUAAGAGAAAUUCUUCCUCAAAAAUAUUUGGAUCAUUUAGCUUUAUUGGUUGAAGCAGUUCGCAUACUUUUGUCUGGAAAAAUUGAGAUUAAUGAUCUACAAAUAGCUGAAACUUUAAUUAUAAAAUAUGUUGCAUUAUAUCAAGAAUAUUUUGGUAAAAAAGCCAUGACGUAUAAUAUACAUUUGCUUCUACAUAUGGCUCGAAGUGUUUUAAAUUUAGGUCCGUUAAAAUGUCAUAAUACUUUCAUUUUCGAGAGUGAAAAUCAUUUUUUGUUAAAACUGCAAAAGAGUCCUAAUCAUAUCAGUGUUCAAAUAGCAAGACGAUAUUUAUUUCAAAAAUCGCUGCUGUCAUUUAAGAAUAACAUUAACUUAAGCGAAGAUUUUCAUAAGUUUUGUGAAAAAAACCUUACAGGACGCUUAAAAAAUUCAUUCAAAGUUGAUAAUUGUGUCUUGAUUGGGAAAGGUAAAAAUCAUGUUUUAAGUUCCCAAGAGCGAGAAAUUUUAAAUAGAUCUGAUCGAUGCAAGUGUUAUGAUAGAUUUAUUUACAAAGGUACACGAUAUACAUCUAAAAUGUAUCGUUUUUGCAAAAAAAAAAAUGAUUAUAUUGUAUUAUUCAAAAAUGGCAAAGUCGGAAUAAUUCAAAACAUUUGUUAUUUUGAUUCCAUUAGUGGUGAAGAAAAAAUUUACGUCUUUUAUAUAGAAGUUGUAUUGUUGAAGAAAUAUUUUUACUCGUCAGGUAAUGUUACUGUUCAUCAUAUUGAUGAAUGUUUAAUAUCCGAUAAAUUAAAUUGUUGUGAAGUAGAAAUGAUUUCAGAACCGUGUAUGAUAUAA